AUGGAAAGCCCCUCGCUCGUCAACGGCCAUCGGCCCUCCUCCGACACUUCUGUCGCAGCCCCCGGUGCUUCAGCUCUUCUUCAUUCUUCUAUACCUACUUCGUCUUCUACUUCUCAACCUGCUUCGGCUACAAUAACAAAUCAUACACAUCGCCAUGCUUCUGCGCCGUUCACAGAACUUGACUCAUCCUCACCCCUUCCUCCUACAAACGGCCACUCUUUGAAAGUCUCCGACAUCGACUCCGAACACCUCGACGACAACUCUUCCCAACAACCCUCUAAAAACAAUUGCGAUAGGCACCGAUCCGAUCAAGAAAUCAACCCACGUCUCGUCAAGAUGCCUUCCGAAUUGGUCGGCAAGACCGUCAGCCCGUUCCUUAAGGAACAUAUUCCUGGCCUCUAUGCACCCUUUGGCAAGGCAAAGACAGCCAUGCCUCUAUCUCCCAGUCCCAACAAUACCACUGCGAUUCGGAAGAGAGAUCCCAACAGCAAGUUUUGCUAUCGUCACCGACCUGACUCAAAAUGUCGACGCGCCGCCGACGAGACCAAAAUGGGUUUCAUCCAAACUGAACUCAACAGCCUUUCAUCCGCAGACCAAGAAGCCAUUACUCACGUAUGGUCUCUCUUUUCUGCUGCUCCAUCAAAACAUCGUGAGCUGAUGCUACAGGGCAUCAUUACACAAUGCUGCUUCCCCCAACUCUCUACUGUAUCACGCGAGGUACAAGAACAACUCAAGAUCGAUUUCCUUGCCGCUCUUCCUACCGAACUCUCCUACAAGAUCCUAUCGUAUCUCGACACAGUCUCUCUCUGCAAGGCCGCUCAAGUCAGCCGUAGAUGGAGAAACCUCGCCGACGACGACGUGGUGUGGCAUCGCAUGUGCGAACAACACAUUGAUCGCAAAUUUCACCGACAACCGAAUGCCGCCGACGUGGUAGAGAUCGACGAUGAGGCUGAGACACAAUCGAGCGAUUCACGAAAACGACAAGCCGACAACGAACACCAACAUGAUGAUCGAGUUGCUAAACGCUCUCGUGUGAGCAACGGAGAAAAGUCAAGACAACAGCUUGAACAAGAACGGAAGUUUCGACCAUGGAAAGACGUUUAUCGCGACCGUUUCAAGGUGGGGUACAACUGGAAGACUGGUCGUUGCUCCAUAAAGACCUUCAAAGGUCACGAGAAUGGCGUUACUUGUCUCCAGUUUGACGACAACAUCCUUGCAACAGGUUCCUAUGAUACGACCAUCAAGAUUUGGAACAUCGAGACUGGAGAAGUUAUGCGCACGCUCCGAGGACACACUUCGGCAGUUCGCACUCUUCAGUUUGACGACUCCAAGUUGAUUAGUGGCAGUUUUGACAAGACCAUCAAGAUUUGGAACUGGCAAACAGGAGAGUGUUUGAACACACUCCAAUGUCAUACCGAGGGUGUAUUGUCAGUCCACUACGACGGGUGUACUCUGGCAUCUGGCUCAAUCGAUAAGACCGUCAAGGUGUUCAGCUUUGAUACCAAACAAACAUUCUGUCUUCGAGGUCAUACUGACUGGGUCAACCACGUGCGAAUUGACUCGCCCUCCCGUGUCGUCUUUUCAGCAUCGGAUGAUCUUUCGGUCAAGCUUUGGGACAUCGAUUCAAAGCAGUGUAUCAAGACAUUCCUUGGCCAUGUUGGUCAGGUCCAGCAAGUUCUCCUGAUGCCCGCUGACUUUGAGCCUGAUGAGGUGCCUCAGCUGGAUACCACAGAUACUGCAUCUGUGUCCAGUGGCCGAAGUAACAGCCCUCCUGCAGCGACUGCCGAGCAGCCUGUCGAUGCUCGGGCGGCUUAUGGCUCGGGUUUCACAUCCGACCCCGACCGUCCGCUACCCCCGCGCUACAUGCUCACUGGUGGAUUGGACAACACGGUCCGCUUGUGGGACACUACCACUGGCAAGUGCAUCCGCAGCAUGUUUGGUCACGUUGAGGGCAUCUGGGGCCUUGUUGGUGACACUCUUCGUGUGGUCACAGGGGCUAAUGACUCCAUGACCAAGAUCUGGGAACCUCGCUCUGGAAAGUGUGAGCGGAGCUUUACUGGCCAUGCCGGCCCAGUCACCUGUGUUGGUUUGAGUGACAGCCGCAUGGCAAGUGGCAGUGAAGAUGGCGAGGUGCGGUUGUACAGCUUUGAGGGAGAACGUGUCGAAGAGCGUGGCACUCCUUCAUAA